AUGUCGAGAACACAAAUUUCCCCAAUAAAGCCAUUGGCAAUACCAAGUCUGGAACUUCAAGCAGCGGUGAUGGGUUCUCGAUUAGCAAGACACAUCAAGAAGGAACACUCACUUGAAAUCAAUAAAACAUUUUUCUGGUCAGAUUCAAGAAUAGUUCUCUGUUGGUUGAGAUCAGAGACCAAACGUUUUAAGACUUUCAUUGCACAUAGAAUGGAAGAAAUUCAGGAAAAUUCUAACAUCUCUGAUUGGCAUUGGGUACCUUCCAGUAUGAAUGUAGCAGACGAAGCCACCAGAAGCACCAAGAAAACCAAUUUGAAUAUAGAAGAUAGUUGGUUUCAGGGUUCAAAGUUCUUAGAUCUUAAUGAAGAACUCUGGCCAGAAUCAGACAAAAAUGUAUCAUGCAUUUCUACCGAAGAAAUUGAGAAAUCAGAGUUAAAGCAAGAUUUCAUUUUAUUGCACUGUUAA